UCCAACCUCCAUAGCUUUUCCACAUGCCCUUCUCUCUUUGUCACUAGUUUAAGUACCCCAACAAAGCUCUGUUCUUUGAUAAUGGUGUAAAGGUCUUCACUUUACUACUUCUGCACACAACCCAUCUCUCUCUGUUUCUCUCAGACUUCAUGGAAAUGGUGUAAACUCUGAGUGAGUAAUAUUUAGUGAGGGAGAAUGGUUGUGCAAGAACACAGUUUUGUGUGGCCUCCAAUUGGAGCACCUAUGAAUAAUAUGCAGCAGCAGCAGCAGAGAGAUGAGCAUAUGAGUCCCUUUAAUUCUUCGGUCAAUGCUGUUUCGUUUGGUUUUGUAGCCACUGCUAUUCUCAUCUCCAUGUUCUUAGUCAUGGCCAUCUUUGAGAGAUUCCUCAGACCCACAUCCCCGGAAUUCUCGCCGUCCGGCCGCCGGAGAAAUGGAGAUCUUGAGGCCCAGUUGGACUUCAAUGGCAAACUUGGCUACCCAUCACCCAAAAUGUCUGUGUAUGCAAGUGGAGUUUCUGUUCUAAUGCCUGGAGAUGAUAUUCCGUCCUACAUUGCACACCCAGCGCCUGUGCCCUGCCCUCCCGAACGCAUGUUUUGGCCUCCACAUCAACACAUAUCAUUGCCCAAUUCCACUUCCAACUCGAACCUGAACUCAGGUUGAGUGCUUAUACUAAAACAAGAAAUAUCUGCCUUUUCCAUACAAAUUGAAGCAGCAGAUGCAACCACAUUUCUUGUUCUGCACCAAACUUCAAUUUCCCAAUUUUUGAAGGCACGAGCUCUUGUUUCUGUACAUUUCAUUUAUGUGGGACUGGGAAGUGGCUUCUGUACAUGUAAUUUAUCAAUUAUCUAGUAACAGAGACCCAACAAUGCAUCUUUAUGCUUCAGAUCAUUCUCUCCAUGAUAAGCUGGUUUAUAAAAUAUGAAUUAUCCAUGAAGGUGCA